GUGUGGUAUCUGCAUCAUGCAUAGAGAUAUUUGGUCUGUUCAUUGAAAGAAUCGCAGAGGGCUCAAAAGUAGACUGUCUUUUUGGAAUUUAUUGUAUAACCAAUAUGUGUUAUUAAUGUGUGUAUGUGUAAAAAAUCAUUAAUUAGUAUGGAAAUACGAAAAGGUGAGUACAGUAUAGAGAUGGCAGGUUGACGAAGUUUGAAUGAAAUGUGAUAAUUGAAAGGAUGGUGUCAAACAUAUUGAUUCAGUUACAAGAAUCUAACUGACAUUUUGAGACGCUCUGCUAAGAUAUACGAUGUGUUAGAACAGAUAAUGGCGGCGGAAAAGGCAAAGAAAUUCCAGCAGGAGGGCAACCAGAGGGAUGUAGCUGCGUACGCCCAGAAUUAUGGGGCCCACAGAGAGGGGAUCACAAUGAAAGAAGUGGCCGAUUACUACACAGAGUGGGCGAAUUCUAAUAAAUAUGACGUGGACCUGGGACCAGACCGAUAUCGUGGACCAAAGCUUGCUGCUGAGAGUCUCUGUGACCUGAUUUCGGAACAUCGUGAAAGUGUUCGAAUUUUAGACAUUGCUUGUGGAACUGGAUUUCUUGGACAAGAGCUCUGGGACAGGGGGUUUCGCUCAAUCGACGGCUUAGACCCUUCAGAGGGAAUGAUUGAGGCGUCCAGGAAAAGAAAUGUAUAUUCCAAUCUCAUCUGUGAUUUCAUGAGUGAAAAAAUGCUGAAUAUUCAAACAGAUAAUUAUGAUGCCGCUGCGAUUGCUGGUGGUAUGGGAGAGGGCCACAUUCCAUGCAAUGCUCUAUACGAGAUGAUUCGUAUAGUAAAACCUGGUGGUUACGUUGUCAUCGUAAUGAGAGAAGAAUAUCUAGAACAUGUUCAGGAUUAUAAAGACAGACUAGAACCAUUAAUGAAAGAAUUGGAGAUUUCCGGCAAAUGGAGUAAAAUAUCGAGAAAAGUCGUGCCAAAUUACUCUUUCCAAAAUAAUGGUGUCAUUUUUAUAUUUCAAAAAUGCUAAACCUUAUAGACUGUAAAUUUCUUAAGUAUGGAGGUAUAUUACGUGGCCCCGUUUUACAUAAGAACUUAAUUAUGACCAAGAUUAAAAUGUUAUUUUGGAAAUUACUAAAAUCUUUUUUACGUGAAUUUAAAAAGAAUGAAGAACGAUAUAUGUAUGCAUAUAAUUUUUAAUAAAAUCAUUUAUUUUAUAGGAUUUUACAAUCAGGUAAAUUUGUUGGUCUUAGUCGUAAGGUCUGUUGUAAAAUGUACUCUUUAUUCGUCGUUUGAGUUAAAAAAA